AUGAACAUCGGGAAAGCUUACAAUACCUUUAACAUCAGCAAUGGAACGGAUCUAGCUAUUGGCUUUACCUCUUCUACAGUAGCUGUCCUUCUAUUUGGGACAAACUUUGUGCCUGUGAAGAAAUUUGAUACUGGUGAUGGCAUGUUUUUCCAAUGGAUUCUCUGUGCCUCCAUAUGGAUAGUUUCUUUGGUGGUCAAUUUAAUCCAGAAUUGCCCCCGGUUUUGGCCUCUGGCUAUGGUUGGGGGUUUUGUGUGGGCUACAGGCAAUGUCACAGUUGUCCCUAUUGUUAAAACUAUUGGCUUAGCUCUUGGUCUGUUGAUAUGGGCUUCUUUUAAUUUGCUGACAGGUUGGGCAAGUUCAAGGUUUGGUUGGUUCGGAAUUGACCCAGAAGAAGUAUCAAGACCAAUCUUAAAUUAUAUUGGAGCUGGACUUUCACUAAUAAGUGCUGUCAUAUUUCUUUUUAUAAAAACUGAAAUCCAGAGUUCUUCAGCUUCAUUAGAAAGUACACCUUUACUGAGAGAAAGUUCUAUUAAUGCUUCUGAAGAUGCCUCUGAUGAUUCAUGGGUGAACAGACUUUCUCCAGCAAAAAAAAGACUCAUAGGAUGUAGCCUGGCUGUAGUAGCUGGAAUACUCUAUGGUUCCAGUUUUGUACCAGUACUUUACAUCAAGGACCAUGGAAGAAGAAAUGAAACUAUAUACACAGGAGCAAGUCAAUUUGAUUUAGAUUAUGUUUUUGCACACUUCAGUGGAAUAUUUCUUACAAGUACCAUCUACUUUUUGAUCUACUGCGUAGUCAGGAAAAAUAGACCUAAUGUUUAUCCCCAAGCUAUAUUGCCAGGGUUUGUUUCUGGUGUGCUUUGGGCAAUAGCCAAUUGCUGCUGGUUCAUAGCCAAUCACUAUCUCAGUGCUGUGGUCAGCUUUCCAAUAAUUACUGCAGGUCCUGGCCUUGUUGCUGCAAUGUGGGGAGUCCUUGUAUUUAAAGAAAUCAAGGGACUGAAAAACUAUGUGUUGCUCUCAGUAGCGUUUUGCAUCAUUUUGGCUGGAUCACUCUCCACGGCUUUUUCUAAAGUUUGA